AUGCAGGUCACAUUUUUCUAUAUGAGUCCCAUCAAAGUCCCAUGGGAGCGGACUGGACUGCUUAGUCCCAUUCUUGGCACUCCCAUGGGACUUGAUGGGACUCCCAUAUGGUCCCAUGGGAUAGUCCCAUGGGACCACUCCCAUGGGAGUUGGCAAGGUCUAGAUACAGCGAUUGAGGAUAGCACGAACACAAUAUUUAUGAUAUUCGGCGACGAUCUAGUUAUAAGUGAAGAGGCGGUGAAUUCGAUCGCACGAGUAAUUGAACCCGGUAGUGAUAAUAAUCGGCCGAUAAAACGCCGGUAUUAG